CAUGUCCAUUAGGUUUUGCUGCUGAUGUGCGGCUUACUUUCUCAAAUGCUUUGACUUACAACCCACUUGAAAUGAUUUUCACUUUAUGGCCGAGACGAUUAGUAAAUAUUUUGAACAGAGAUGGAAAGGCAUGGAGAAGAAGCUUCCAGUUACUACUGAUGUGCAGUCUUUGCCUUCAAGAGCGGCUCUUCGCGUGGAAAUAAACUGGGACUGCUGCACCUAUGCCAUCCUCAAAAAAGAAGAAAAGUACACCAAAUGAUACUAGUGUCAAGCCUGAAGCUCUGAAACGCAUGUUGACUAAUGAGGAGAAGGCUAAACUGACCAUGGAGUUGGAGGCUUUGAUGGACGCAGAAGUGCCUCUAAAUAUUGUUAAUUUCCUACAAGAGCACAGUCAUAGUGAAGGGCAAACCAAUGAUGAUGAGAUCGAGGUUGACCUUGAAGCUUUUAGUGAUGAUACCUUGUUUACUUUACGGAAGCUUUUGGAUGACCAUCUGCUGGAGAAACAGAAAAGGCAGGCGAAAGCUGAACCUUGUGAAAUGGAGAUUCUUAAUGAGUCAGGAAGGAUUUAGCCACUCAUCAAUGCAACCAUGUAAAGGCAAUGACCCAGGCGAUGAGGAAGUGGAUAUUGUUGGUGGGAACGGUGCUCCUAUUUCAAGCUUUCCUCCAGUGGAGAUAGAGAAAGAUCCAGCUCACAGAAACAGUAAAUGCAGUAGCUCAAGUAGCUCCAGUAGUGAAUCAGGCUCUUCAUCCAGUGAUUCUGACUCUGGCACUUCUUCUGAAAGUGAAUCAAAUGAUGCUAAAGUUACAGCUUCAUUUGGUGAGGGUAAGGAAAAUGUGGGUACUGGAGCAAAUUCAGACCAAAAGAGAAAUGAUAUUGGGGAUUCAGAAAUUGGCAAUGGCUUCCAUGAAAAUUUUGAUCUAGGAUGCCGUGAUUUGAGGUGUAACUCUGCAGUAAUCAUAGUAGUUUCUUACUAG